CACCAAAGCCACUGCAAGCACCAACACUACAACCAGAAAAACAAGCAUGCGCAUCCAGAACUUAUAAUACAACAAGAACCUGCACAACAGCUACAACAUACAAAGCCAGAGCCACAACAAAAAAUACCACAACAGCCUCUGGUACUUGGGAUACAACAAGAACUACAAAAACAGCAAGAACAACUAACACCAACACCAACACAUCAAGAAGAAAUACCACAAUAUCCUCCGGCACUUGAGAUUCAAGAAGUAAUACCACAAGAGCAAGAACAACCAAUACCAGCACCACAACAAGAAAUACCACAAUAUCCUUUGACACUUGGGAUACAAGAAGAACUACCACAAGAGCAAGAACAACCAAUACCAGCGCCACAACAAGAAAUACCACAAAAUCUUUUGGCACUUGAGAUACAAGAACAACUACCACAACAGCACGAACAACCAAUACCAGAACCACAACGUGAAAUACCACAGCAUCCUUUGGCACUUGGGAUACAAGAAGAACUACCACAACAGCAUGAACAACCAAUACCAGAACCACAACGUGAAAUAAAACAACAUAACGAGGUCGAGAUAGUAGUUGAAAAUGUACAUUUUCCUGCAGAGCCUCAACAUGAAUCCCAAUUGUAUGGGCAAAAUUAUGACAGAGAUACGAUGGUCCAUAUUGGUAAUCAGAUUUAUUGCCGACAAACUAUCAUUUUUGAAGUUCAAGGCAACAGACGAUCCGCAACAUCAAUAGCACGUCGAAUGAUUGACGGCGUAUUUCGACCUAAGAAAAUAACUCGACUGAACUGCACAUUAACUGGACAACGAAUUGAAAUAGAAUUUAUUUGGAAUGAU